AUGGUGGGCGAUGCUCUGCCAGCUAAAUACAUCAGAGAUACCUUCACACUGACACUGAAAGAUUUAGAGCCAGAUCGCAUUGGAACGUAUGUCAGUGCUUGGUCGGCGGCCUGCGAGCCGGUGCGCAUCCCGCUGUGCAAGUCGCUGCCAUGGAACAUGACCAAGAUGCCGAACCACCUGCACCACAGCACGCAGGCCAACGCUGUGCUGGCCAUGGAGCAGUUCGAGGGGCUGCUGGGCACCAACUGCAGCCCCGACCUCCUCUUCUUCCUCUGCGCCAUGUACGCGCCCAUCUGCACCAUCGACUUCCAGCACGAGCCCAUCAAGCCCUGCAAGUCCGUCUGCGAGCGCGCCCGCUACGAAUCUGUGCCAGAUUUCCCUAUGGAUUCUAAUAAUGGCAACUGCAGAGGCACCAGCAUUGAGCGCUGCAAAUGCAAGCCUGUAAAAGCUACCCAGAAGACCUAUCUACGCAACAAUUAUAACUACGUCAUUCGGGCUAAAGUGAAGGAGGUGAAGACUAAAUGUCACGACAUCACUGCAGUAGUGGAAGUAAAGGAUAUCCUAAAAUCUUCCCUGGUGAACAUCCCAAAGGACACUGUAAACCUUCACACGAACUCUGGCUGCCUGUGCCCACUGCUCAGCACCAACGAAGAGUACAUCAUUAUGGGCUAUGAAGACGAGGAGCGCUCCAGGUUACUCUUGGUGGAAGGCUCCAUAGCUGAGAAAUGGAAGGAUCGUCUUGGUAAAAAAGUAAAGCGCUGGGAUCAGAAACUCCGCCACCUUGGGAAGGGGAAGGGAGAGCCUGGACACAGCAACUUAGCUCCAAAGCCCAGCAAACCCAGCAGUGCCCGACAAGCACGUAGUUAGAUGUGGGACGCUGUACACUGACAUAGAGUGGACUAUCUACCAAGACUUCAUUGUUGGAGCAGCAAAGGAGAAAUUGCACUAUUGCACGUUAUAUUCUAUUGUUUACUACAAAAUAAUGUUUUAGCUUAUAUUAGUUUUUAUUCUCCCUCUUGUUUUCUGCCUGUUUUUUU